AUGGCCCGUGGCAGCCAAUUGGAGCCCUCGGUGGAGGGGGUGGAGGGGGCAAUAUACAGCCGCAGGAGGGGCAGCAGGGACAGGAAGAGGGGAUGGAGCAGGAGGAAGAACAGGAGGAAGAGGAGGAAGUAUGUGGGCAGCUCCCUCCUCACUCCUGCCAGCACCCUCACCACCACUACGUCGACCCAUUGCGCGACCAUCAAAGCUUGUUCCGCCCAAGCCACUACCACCACUACCACUAUCUCCAGUGACGGGUCCAUUACAACCCAGAUGGAAGGUUUAUUUCCUGCACCAUCUGCAGACAGCGCCAAAUGGUCAUCGAUACAGUCAAGUAUCUUGAGCAGACUGGCUUCAUAUGAUGCGAUUGUUAUGCCCCGGUUGACAUCUACCUCAACAGCAUCAACUAGUGAAGCUACCACAUCGACCUCUACAACAACUAGCCCGACCGCAUCUGAAACCUCGUAUGAUUGUGAGGGAUCGGACCGAUGCAAAACCUUCGCUAACCUGCGAUCGUUCUGUGAUAUGGCCAAGUCAUUCUUGAAGGAUGAUAUCACUUACCAGAAUACUGAGGGUGAGUGCUAUACGGAUGGCAAGAAUGCCGGUUAUGGCUGCGGUGUCUUUAUCGAAGCAAAAGAUUGCGAGAUGAAAGGGAGGGAAAUCGCCGUGGCCUAUGAUCAUAUACACCAAGAGACGGGCGGUGAUUGUGCGAAGUGUGGAUCGGCCUGGUUUUCUGACGGGUGUCGCGUGAAGGUUGACUAUGGGAGUGGAUGCAAAGCAACCAAUGGUCCGUUGGAACCGGUCCCUGGAAAUCCUACUAUCUCCUCGGCGUCUGCAUCCUUUAUAAAAUUGAGGACGAGGAUGAUUCUAUGUUUGUCUUCAAUCCAACUGGCGAAUCUAGCAAAUGGGGAGGAUAGGUAA